AUGGAUCUUUUUGUCUACCCAGCCCUUCCAGAAGAACACCCGUACAUGACUCGUAUGGUCCACCUUCUGCCUGACACCGAUCGGAACGCCCCAAUCGAAUGCAAGCUUUUCAACUACGAUCUAUCGGUAGGAGAUGGACGGUCUCAUAUUUACGAGGCUCUGUCCUACUGCUGGGAAAGCGGAGACAAACCUAAAUCAAUUAUUUUGAAUGGCUACAAGUUUUCGGUUACGGAGAACCUCUUCAGUGCCCUACAACACCUUCGAGACCGUCAGCUUCCGAGAACACUAUGGAUCGAUGCCAUUUGUAUCAACCAGGGUGAUAGCGAAAGUGAUGGCAAAGAUGUUGUCGAUGAGAAAACCAAGCAGAUUCCGCUUAUGCGGCAGAUCUACGCCCAAGCUGGUCGUGUGAUUGUCUGGCUUGGGGAUGACAGAGAGGAUGGCGAAAAAACACUUCGGUGGAUCAACCACUUCGCAGGGCAACAAGGCAAAUCUCUGCAAAAAGUUAUCGAAGGUGAUCGGCCGUCAGUAUCCUCUAUGGAAGCAGACGCGUUGGGCAAACUUUGUUAUCUGGACGAUCGGUCAAAGGGAGACCCUGCUGAAGACCAUCAGUCAAUGAGAUAUUUCGUUGACGGCAAUCAUUCAAAGAAGGACCUCAUGACAGAGCAUGAUGUUGCGUCUUCGAAAUUGCUGCAGCGUGAUUGGUUCCGCCGUGUUUGGGUACUUCAGGAGGUCGGCGUCGCGCGAUACAUCGAUAUAUUGUGUGGCUCUAUUCAGAUCAGCGCGCAUGCUUUCGCGGAGGGUCUUUCUAGACUGGAACUUCCCCAACACUUCUUAAGCAGAGUUGGCCCAGUCACACAUCUGAUGAAAGGUGCACCUUAUCGACCCAAAUUUGAUGUUGGUUCGCCCGGAACCUUUUCUUUAAUAGAGCUUCUCGGCAUGUAUCGAAACCAUAGUGCUACUGUGCAACAUGACAAGAUAUAUGCAUUACUGGGUCUAAGCGCUGACGCUGGCGCUGAUUGGUUGAAACCGAAUUACAAAACACUAUGGCAUCAUGUUUUCAGGGAAAUCACAAGCCACGUUUUUCCGGGGAGCUUCGUCCAAACGUGGGAAGACAGAGCGUCUGCUGUCGUCAAGACCAAAGGAUGGAUCAUGGGUCAUGUUGGCCAUGUGACAUCGAGCAUGCAUGAUUUUGGGCAGCAGGACAUAACCUGUCACUUUCACAAAUCUGCUUUCUCACUAAGAGAGACAUGGCCCUCGGAUUGGAUGCUUCCUGCUUGUGCAGAGCUAGUCCAAGAGGGGGAUCUCAUCUGUCAUUUGCAAGGACAGUCCCGUCCAAGCAUUUUGAGAUUAUGCAAUGAUCAUUUCAGUCUGCUUUCACCAUCUCUCUGGCCUCGCAGCAUGGGUCACAUCCAAAACCUGAGCCAUACAUUUGACCUGGGUCUGCUUGACUAUGGACAUGGAAUUACCCUUACAUGGAACAUACCCAUGGAUAAAUUUGCAGCGACGCCCCAGGAAUUGAAACUCAAGCAAAUCACACCAGAAGUUGAAGGUUCACUGAAUGAAAUAGAGCUACGGCUGGAAUUCAUAGCCCAAGUGAUGCUAGAUGUUGCGACUCAGGUUCUUGAUUCAAAGACAUCCCAAGUCAAGGCUUGGAAAAAUAUCCUCAAACAACGCGGAACCGAUGUCUCUAUGUCUGAAAUCUACAAGCUUGCUAUCAAAGUGAUCACACCUGAUCUCACUUCUGAUGAGGAGUCAAAAGGAUUUCUACAUCGUGAGUUCAUAGACCUUCUCUUAAAAUAUUCAGGGGAGAGCGCUCCAGAUGUUGAGAUGUUGAGAUGGGCAUGUCAAGACUACCGUCACUAUGGGUUUUUGGAUCUUCUCUUUAAAUAUCGUGCAGAAAGUCUUUCUAUCACUGAAGAUGUUUUGAAAGCUGUGGCCCGGAAUGUCUCUGCAUUCAAUAUGAAAGCUCUCUUAGAGCAUCGACGAGGAAGGCUUCCGGUCUCCGAAGAAGUUGUCAAAGCAGCAGCAGGAAAUCCUAAAUACUAUUGCCAUGAAGCUUUCGAGAUUCUCCUCCAACACGCAGGAGAAAACUUUCCGAUCUCCGAAGAAGUUGUCAAAGCAGCAGCAGGAAAUCCUGGGAGCUUUGGCCAUAAAGCUUUCCAGGUUCUCCUCCAACACGCAGGAGAAAACCUUCCAAUCUCCGAAGAAGUCGUCAAAGCAGCAGCAGGAAAUCUUGGGUUCACUGGCCAUCAAGUCUUAAAGGCUCUCUUUCAAUAUAAAAAGAAUCUUCCGAUCUCCGAAGAAGUGGUCAAAACAGCAGCAGGGAACACUGGAUUCUUUGCCGCUGGAGUUUUAAGGGAUCUAUUCCAACACGCAGGAGAGAAUGUUCCGAUCUCCGAAGAAAUUGUCAAAGCCGCAGCAGGGAAUCCUGGAAAAUAUCCCCAUAACAUUUUAAAAACUCUCUUUCAACAUAGAAAGAAGCUUCCAAUCUCCGAAGAGGUUGUCAAAGCAGCAGCAGGAAACACUGGACACUAUCCUCAUGGAGCUUUAGAUGUUCUCUUUCAAUAUCAAGAGAAUCUUGCAAUAUCCGAAGAAGUGGUCAAAGCAGCAGCAGGAAAUCUUGGGAGCUGGGCCUAUGAAGCUUUAGAUGCUCUUUUUCGACAUCGAGAGAAUCUUGCAAUAUCCGAAGAAGUCGUCAAAGCAGCAGCAGGAAAUCUUGGGAGCUCUGAAACACCAUCUUUAGUUGCUCUCUUUCGAUAUCGAGAGAAUCUUACAAUAUCCGAAGAGGUGAUGAAAGCAUUUGCAAGGAAUGAUGGAGAUGGAAGCAUGCGAAUCAUUCAAAUCUUGAAAGAUUACCGAAAAGAUAGUGCUGUGAUAUCCCAAGCAGUGCUUGAAGCAGCAUCUGAAAAUCCCAGAUAUGCUUCUGAAAUGAGCUCGUUCCUCAAACGUUGGCAUAGUGAGCAAUCAAAUGCAGGAGACAGUUCCCCGGAGGAAUGUGACUAG